AUGAACAUUUUCGGCAAACGCAAGACUCCCCAAGAGCAGCUGCGUGAGAACCAGAGGGCACUUCAGCGUACAAUGAGGGACCUUGACCGCGAGAGGCAGCGCCUAGAGAACGAACAAACCAAAAUUACAAAUGAUAUUAGGAGAAUGGCUAAGCAAAACCAGAUGGAGACCGUUAAAAUUAUGGCAAAGGAUCUCGUUCGAACAAGAACGUACAUCUCUAAACUUGUAAAGAUGCGUGCAAAUAUUCAGGCGAUUUCUUUGAAUAUGCAAACAUUAAAAUCGACAGCUCAAAUGACUGAGUCAAUGAAGCAAGUCACUCGUACCUUAGUUACCAUGAAUAAGCAAAUGAGACUUCCUGCUCUGCAAAAAACUCUUCGCGAGUUUGAGAAGGAAUCAUCUAAAAUGGAAAUGAAACAGGAGAUGAUUUCUGAUGCUAUGGAUGAUGUGUUUGAUCAGGAGGGCGACGAUGAAGCCACUGAUACGGUUGUUCAGCAGGUUCUGGAUGAACUUGGUAUUGAAUUGUCCGGCGGUUUACACGAACUGCCUACAGUUGCCGGUUCUAUUGGUGGUAAAGAAGGUGUUGCAAAGCCCGGAGGAGCCCUGCCAGUUCCUGCUGGUGCCGACGGCACGGAGUCUGCUGAGACUGACGAACUCGAAGCUCGUCUCAGGAAUCUGAAACGCUAA